UUUCAAUUUCCGCCUGAUUCGAUCAGUCCAACCUCAUCUUCCACAUCCCCAUGCCCGUCCAGCCUCAUCUUCGACAUCUCACCUCACUCUCCCCCAAAACGCCCCAGCUGGGUUGUCACUUUCUUUUGCAUCAGAAAAUCCUCUCACUUUCCUUUCAAUCGGAAGAAGCACUCUUCAUCUCCACAAGCUCCAUCUCUGGCGGUGCUGAAUCACUCUUCACUUUCCUGCCGACCCGAGCCUAUGAGCGAUGCCCCUGCGGCCCUGCAUUCAGUCUCGAUGUCGCCUCUUCUUAAGACGCUUCCUGGGCCAUUUUCAUCACUCAGGGAUGAGGUAUUGUUCUGGCAUAUGUUUUUAUUAAUUAAUUUUAUUCAAUUUACUGAAAACAAGCUUUGUUUUCACCCGAGCCUCCGAGCUCCAUCUCUGGCCGUGAGUAUGAGCAAUGAUGAUCGAUUUUUUUGGGAUGCGAUGAUAGGAGCAGCCAUUCCUUCUCUUCACAACCACUUAGACUUCCUCACGCAGUUACUCACUGCAAUCUUAGGUGAAAUUAAACAUCCCGUCAAAAGAAAGACUUCGAGAACACCCACAAUUUGCACUCUCAGUACUUUUGGGGUUACCCUGUGCAACAUCAGAAGUGAAGAGCUCAAUCCCCAGGCUAAAUGGUCUCACACAAGAUAGCUUAAAUUAUCUUCACUCACUGCAAUUCAAGCUUGAUGUCUUCCUAGCACAUGAUACUAUGAGAGCAGAUUAGUACUUCUUGCUUCAUGAAUGUUGUGCAACACUUUCAAGGGAUAGCCAGUGUUGGUUUUAUCUUCUCUAGAACCCUCUUCAGUGUUUCUUUAGAUUAUACGGAUGAUGCCGUUGUUUGAACUUUGAAUGUUUUGUUUAGACGUAUAAUGUUGCAGUAUUGGUUUUCUUCUUAUCUUCUUUGGAAGCAAUGGAUAGUGGUAUAUAUUGUCAUUUUUCAUCUCCCUCUCGCAUUUUUGGAAACCUCCAAUUUCAUUUGUAAAAUUUGUUUUUGAUGUGUGAAUUGACCUUUGAAUUGAAAAUGUGGUUACUUAGUUGUGGUUGACUUCUGCAAAAG